AUGGUACAAACGAAUACAAGUAACGUAAAGCUUUCGGUUCUUAUUGUGGGCGCUGGACUUGGUGGUCUAGCUGCCGCUGUAGGUCUGGCCAAAACUGGACAUUCUGUCACAGUUCUAGAGCAAGCGGAGGUUCUCUCUGAAGUUGGAGCUGGCAUUCAAGUUCCACCCAACUCAACUCGUAUUUUAAUCAAAUGGGGUUUACGGGAAGCUAUGGAGCGUGAUUCCAUGUUACCAGGUGGCAUUUUUCUCCGAUCAUACAAAGAUGGCAAAGUUCUAUCAACACAGGAUUUGAAUCCUGCUAUGUCUGAGCAAUAUGGCAGCCCAUAUUGGCACGCUCAUCGUGCCGACUUCCACAGGGUGUUGGUAGAUGCAUGUAGAGCUGAGAAGGUCACUAUUUUAUUGGGUGAGCGUGUUGACAAGGUUGAUUUUGCAAAUAAUGCUGUCAAUACAGCCAAAGGCAACGUUUACAAAGCGGAUCUUAUCCUGGGUGCUGAUGGUCUUAGAUCUGAGACUCGAAGCCAGUUUCUGGGUAAAAAAGAUCUUGCAUACAACACUGGAGAUUUGGCUUAUCGCAUGCUUAUUAAAACAGAAGAUAUGAAAAAUGUUCCAGAACUCGAGUUCUUGAUGCAGCCAAAUUUGAAUUUCUGGAUUGGUCCAGAUAUGCACUGUGUGGUGUAUCUUCUUCAUGAGGGCAAGUACUGCAAUGUUGUCGUUUUAUCUCCAGAUAAUUUACCCAAGGAUGUCAAUAUUCAAGCUGCUGAUACAAAUGAGCUUCGAGAGCUCUUCAAAGGGUGGGAUUGGCGUUUCCAGUCGUUGAUUUCUUUGGUUGAGUCGACAUCCAAAUGGAGAUUACAAAACUCGCGCGAGCUAGAGUCGUGGGUUCACAAGACUGCCAACUUUGCUCUGUUAGGAGAUUCUUGUCACGCUACACUUCCCUAUCUUGCUCAAGGUGCUGCACAAGCUGUUGAAGAUGCCGCUUGUUUGAGUGAGCUUCUAUCACAUAUGGAACACAAGUCCCAGCUCCACGACUUACUAGAAGUUUAUGAGAAUAUCCGCAAGUCGAGAACAACAGUCUUUGUUAAGGGUUCAACGCAUAUGGGAGCCAAGGUAUUCCAUCUUCACGAUGGACCAUUGCAAGAAGAACGAGACCGUCUGUUCAAGGCUGGAGGUGUUGGCAAUCCUAACAAAUGGGCUGACCCCGAGCAAAGAGAUUAUAUGUUUUCCUAUGAUGCUUUUGAAGAGGGAAGAAAAGGCUGGGAAGCUUACAGGAAUGCAAGUAUCAAACGACCAGAACACAGGCUCUAA